ACGCACAAUGACAUCACCCAAGUUUGUUCACCUCUAAAUCCUGCAGCUGAGUUGCAUACCGUGUGAUACAUGUGUUCAUUAGUCUAAAAUACGCAAUAAUUUUUCGACUGACUUUAGAGUCUGGUUAGUAUAAGUGAAAAUGGCUGGGAACAGGGAGAGCGAGCAGUUGACGAAUGUCAUCCAUCAUAUGGCGCCGGCAGAGGCGCAGGUCAGCGUGCAUCAGGUGCAGAACGCUUCGGGGACGAAGCGUCAUCAGAUCAUCAUCGAUAUAAAGCAGGACAUCGAUAUCGACGAGAUGUCGACCAGGUCUCUAGCAGAGAGCGUGAUGGAGACGCUCGGAGCGCGUUCCGCUGCUGUGUACAUCGACAACUCCCAGAUAUCAGGAGAGAACUCGGAUCUGGAAUCGUUGACGACUGUGAACGUGAUAGUGGCGAACGACCUCAGUCAGACGGGUACACAGAUGGAGGAGGACCCUCCCGAGCCUGCUGAGAGCUCAGGACUGUCCAAUAGGGCUGUGGACAAACCUGUCGAUAUAACAUCCGCGAGCACCGAGACGACGACGUCUACAACGAUAUCGAUCUCGACUGCCGCCACCACUACCGCGUCAGCCCAAAUCGAGAUCAUACCAUGCAAAGUGUGCGGAGACAAGUCAUCCGGGGUCCACUACGGGGUGAUCACCUGCGAAGGAUGCAAGGGUUUCUUCAGGCGGUCACAGAGCACAGUGGUGAACUACCAGUGCCCGCGGAAUAAGGCGUGCGUGGUGGAUCGGGUCAACCGGAAUCGGUGCCAGUACUGCCGGCUGCAGAAGUGCCUGAAGCUUGGGAUGAGCCGUGAUGCGGUGAAAUUCGGCCGUAUGUCCAAGAAGCAACGGGAGAAGGUGGAAGACGAGGUGCGGUUUCACAGAGCCCAGAUGAGAGCUCAGACUGACGCGGCGCCGGACUCUGUGUACGAUGCACAGCAACAAACGCCGAGCUCAAGCGACCAAUUCCACGGCCAUUACAAUGGCUACCCGGCCUACGGCUCGCCUCUGUCGUCAUACGGUUACAACAACGCGGGCCCAGCGCUGCCUUCAAACAUGAGUGGGAUGCAGCCAGCGCCGCCGCAGCCUCAGUCGUACGACGUGUCAGCCGACUACGCGGUCGAUUCGACCACGUACGAGCCGAAGCAGACCGGCUUUUUGGACACAGACUUCAUUGGCAACGACGAUCAACAAAAGGGGACGACCAUCGUCCGACCAUCUGGCUCCACCAGCACCAAUACCCAGACUACGGCGUCCACCACCAUCCGUCAGUCAGCCAUCAACGAGCUGCCCAGAACUAGAAUACAGGAGUUCGACAGAUAUGACCGUAUCCACUCGCCAACUGGCAGUGGAGUCAUAAAUAUCAAGCAAGAAAUCAAGCCAGAGACUUCAAUGGGAGUUGACAAUUUGGUCGCCAGUUACGUGGACUCCACCACCUUCCUGCAUAGUCCAUCGAACAUCCAACACAGUCCUAUGGACAUCCAGAAUUCUGUUCUCGUCACUGGUCAGAGCUCAGUCUCUUUGACAAGCGAGGAGUUGAGCCCUGACGACCUGACGUCCAGCAGUGGGCAUGGGAGACUGAUGGAUCCAUUGAACAUGAAUAUGAGUGGGAUGGGAAUGGUGAACCCCAAUGCCGUGACAAACAGAAGGCAUCAGGGAUCAAGCCAAAGUGGAUCGUCGACGAGCGAAGAGUUGCCUUCCGAAGGUGACAUCAGCAAGGUCCUGGUGAAGAGCCUGGCUGAAGCCCACGCGAACACCAACCCCAAGCUGGAGUUCAUCCACGAGAUGUUCAGGAAACCACCAGAUGUGUCUAAACUUUUAUUUUACAACUCGAUGACUUAUGAAGAGAUGUGGCUGGACUGCGCCGACAAGCUCACCGGGAUGAUUCAGAAUAUCAUUGAGUUCGCAAAACUCAUACCUGGGUUCAUGAAACUCACCCAGGACGACCAAAUACUGCUUUUAAAGUCAGGUUCGUUCGAGUUGGCCAUCGUGCGCCUUUCGAGACUGAUUGACGUGAACCGUGACCAAGUGUUGUACGGCGAUGUCGUUCUGCCGAUCAGAGAAUGCGUCCACGCGCGUGAUCCCCGUGACAUGGCUCUGGUGGUGGGAAUAUUCGACGCCGCGAAGACAAUAGCGCGACUCAAGCUGACUGAGACUGAGCUCGCGCUGUACCAGAGCCUCGUGCUUCUCUGGCCAGAACGACACGGCGUCCGAGGCAACCCUGAGAUCCAGUGCCUCUUCAACAUGUCAAUGGCUGCUAUGAGGCACGAGAUUGAGACCAACCAUGCGCCCUUGAAGGGAGACGUGACUGUGCUGGACACUCUGCUUACGAAGAUACCAACAUAUCGAGAGCUGUCCCUGAUGCACCUUGAGGCGUUAUGUCGCUUCAAGGCUGCACACCCACACCACGUUUUCCCGGCUCUGUACAAGGAGCUAUUCUCCCUUGACAGUGUACUGGACUAUACCCACGGUUAAGUCCCACGUACGCUGUCCACGGAAAAGGGCUCCAGGAUCGACAAAACGAUCCGCUACUGUCGUUUAGACUGCACGACAGUCCCAACAAAACCUCGGAUGUCCGCAACAAAACAUUGUUAACCUAUUUAUAAUUGUAUGUAUGUACUUUGAGACUGUUACAAGAUAUUUACGUAUAGGUACGUACGUACAAUAUUAAUAUUUAAAGUUUAUUUAACCUUCAUGAAUAUAAUUAGAUUCGUUGCGGCUGUUCGGGGUUUUGGAAUUUCAGAAUUAUAUUUUUUGUUACGGUUUUAUUUCUUAACAAAAUGAAACCUGUUUUCUGGAUCUUCGCAUGAGUAUACAAGAACCAAGGUUGUUGUAUGCUCAUAUGAAAAUAACGUAAUUAAUUAUCAUAAAUUGUAUGUAACUUUGAUGAAGAAAUAAUAAUUAUUAUAUAAAGAUAUAAUAAUAGAAAUAGAGUUUUUAUUAAGAAAUAAAUAAAGGAGUUAUAACGAUUGUAGCGAGGUAAUAUCACACUUUGUUUUAAGCGAUUCGUUAUAAUAAGUCUUUAUUUUUAACAGUUUUUUUAAAAAGAGAAUUGUAACUUGUUAUUUAUUUCAAAUGAUUAUAUUAUUGAUGUUUUUUUCCUUUUCAAUGUAGAUUUUGUAUAAGUUGUAAAUUAAGAGUAAACGAUACUGCCCAUUUAUGUAUUUCGUUAGCUUUUUGUUUUUUUAUAUUAAUAUAAACGAUUUUUAGUUCAAAAUCAAUUUAAUGAAUUGCGAACCGUUUUCGCGGUUCGCUAAGUCAGCCAUUUGAAGAAGAA